UAUUAUUAUUAUAUGCAUGUAACACAUGAUAAUUUUUUGUCACCGACUAUAAAAGAAAAAAGUUAGUUACGUAAACGCAACAUCCGAGAUUGUUUUGUGUAUCUAUAAUUUAAAAUAAAACAGAAUAAUGGCAAAAUACAGAAUUGUUAUGGUCCGUCACGGGGAAAGUGAAUGGAACCAAUUAAAUUUAUUUUGUGGUUGGUUUGAUGCAGGAUUAUCCGAGAAAGGUAAAAAUGAAGCUAUUGCUGCUGGAAAAGCGCUCAAAGAUUCAGGCUAUCGAUUUGAUGAAGCACAUACCUCCGUGUUAACACGAGCGCAAGUUACUCUUGGAACAAUUUUGAAAGAAAUCGGCCAAGAAAAUAUUCCUAUUUUUAAAACUUGGCGUUUAAAUGAACGUCAUUAUGGUGGUCUUACUGGUAUGAACAAAGCUGAGACUGCUGCUAAAUAUGGUGAAGAACAAGUCCAGAUUUGGAGAAGAUCGUUUGAUACUCCUCCACCACCCAUGGAAGCUGAUCAUAAAUACUAUGAUAACAUUGUAAAAGAUGAGCGCUACAAAGAUGGUCCUAAACCUGAUGAAUUUCCUAAAUUUGAAUCUCUUGAAUUGACUAUCAAGCGAACUCUGCCAUACUGGAAUGAUGUUAUUAUUCCUCAUUUAAAAGAGGGAAAGAAAAUUAUCAUUGCUGCUCAUGGAAAUAGUUUGAGAGGAAUUGUCAAACAUCUCGACCAAUUGAGUAAUGACCAAAUAAUGAGUUUGAAUUUACCAACGGGAAUACCAUUUGUUUAUGAAUUGGAUGAAAAUUUCAAACCGGUCGUCUCAAUGAAAUUCUUAGGAGAUGAAGAAACAGUUAAAGCUGCUAUGGCUGCUGUUGCAGCCCAAGGAAAGGCUAAAUAAAAAUAAAAAUAUAAUAUAAAUUUUCUUCAAUAUUAUUAAGAGCAAUCAUAAAAAAAAAGUCAGUAGUUAUAUUAAAGUCAUUGGGAAUAAAUCAAUAAGCUAUUUACUAAAUACCGUUAAAACUGUUACAGUCUGAUCAAAGGAGUUCAAUAAAUACUCAAUCUAUUUAUUAAUAUUGUUGAAAAAUCAUCCAUGCAUGCAAAAAUAAAAAAGACUAAAGAUAAGGAA